GCCAACGUCAACAGAAAAACCGCUGUGGUAACCACAGGCGCCAAAACCACGGCCAUGGGCUCGCGCACGCUACCGCUGACGCUGUCCCACGGCUCCAUCGAGUAUACCUUGUUGGUGCCAACAAACUUGCUCUUUGUCGCCUCUGAACUGAAAGAACAGUUCCAGAAGCAAUUGCCUGAGGUCACAGAGGGCUUUGCAGGUGAAGAUGAGCCAAGCUCUCCAACAGAGCUGUUGGCUGGCUUCCUGGGCUACAUCGCGGGACUCAUUGACCCUAACGUCUCGGGUCAGUUCGACCAGGUGUUGGCCCUCGUCCUCUCAGAGUUCGAGGCCACGUACUUGAACGGUAAUGACGUCCACACAGUGGCUUCAGGGUUGUUGACAUCCGAGGAGUAUCCGACUACCCUGGAAAAGGCUAAGGUUGUUGUCAAGCACUACUUUGCUGCCAGAUUGGCCAGCAACAAGCCAUUCAAGAAGUACGACUCGGCACUGUUCAGAUCGGUCUUGAACAAUGAGGCCAAAUUGGUGGCCAUCUUCGGUGGUCAAGGUAAUACCGAGGACUACUUUGAAGAGCUCAGAGAGCUCUACAACAUCUACGGUGGCUUGGUUGCUGAUAUCAUCAAGGCCGCGGCUGAUAAGCUGAACGAUCUGGUCAGAGCCACUCCAGAUACUGAGAAGAUUUAUACACAAGGUUCAGACCUUAUCACUUGGUUACAGAACCCUGAGAAGACCCCAUCCAGUGAAUAUUUGCUGUCGAUUCCAGUGUCUUGUCCUUUGAUCUGUGUCAUCCAAUUGGCUCACUAUGCCAUCACUGCCAGAGUCCUCGGAAUGACUCCAGGUGAGUUGAGAAGUUACUUUUCUGGUGCAACCGGUCAUUCCCAAGGUUUGACAAUCGCUUUGGCAAUUGCCGAGGCUGAUUCCUGGGAAUCCUUUAUCGAGUCAUUGAACAAGUCCAUCGCUUUCAUGUUCUACAUUGGUGUCCGUUGUUACCAAGUUUAUCCAAACACCGCACUUCCACCUUCAAUCUUGGAGGAUUCUAUCGAAAACGGUGAAGGUAAUCCAUACCCAAUGUUGUCGGUUCAAGACUUUGUUGAUCAAACCAACGCUCACUUGCCAAAGGAGAAGCACAUUGCUAUUUCAUUGGUCAACGGUGCUAGAAACUUGGUUGUCUCUGGUCCUCCACAGUCUCUUUACGGUUUUAACUUGACUUUGAGAAAGGCUAAGGCACCUGCUGGUUUGGACCAGGCUAGAAUCCCUUACUCUGAGAGAAAACUCAAAUUCUCUAACAGAUUCUUACCAAUUACCUCUCCUUUCCAUUGUCAUCUGCUCGCUGAUGCAUUCGAUUUAGUUGAAGAAGAUUUGCAAAGAGAAGGCUUGGAAUUCAAACAAUCCGACUUGAAGAUUCCUGUUUACGACACAUUUGACGGUACUGAUUUGCGUGACUUCAAGGGUUCUGUUAUUAACAGAUUGAACUUGCUUAUCACCAAGUUGCCAGUCAACUGGGAGUUGGCCACUCAAUUCGAGGCUACCCACUUGGUUGACUUUGGUCCAGGUGGUGCUUCUGGUCUUGGUGUUUUGACUCACCGUAACAAGGAUGGUACGGGUGUUCGUGUCAUCAUUGCUGGUGUCUUGGAUAACUCCAUUGAUGAUGAGUUUGGUUACAAGCAGGAAUUGUUCGACUUGAACGACAAUGUUAAGUUUGCCCAAAACUGGUUACUUGAGUACCAACCAAAAUUGGUGAAGACUAAGGGUGGUAAGGUUUACGUUGAUACCAAGUUUUCCAGACUUCUCGGUAGAGCCCCAAUCUUGGUUCCAGGUAUGACUCCAACCACUGUUCACCCAGACUUUGUUGCUGCUACUUUGAACGCUGGUUACCACAUUGAAAUUGCAGGUGGUGGUUACUUUGACCCAAAGACCUUCACUGAUGCUUUGGAGAAGGUUUCUGCUCAAGUUCCAGCCGGUACUGGUAUCGGUAUCAACUUGAUCUAUGUCAACCCAAGAAUGUUGCAAUGGGGUAUUCCGUUGAUUGGUGAAUUGAGACAAAAGGGAUUCCCAAUCCAAUCUUUGACCAUUGGUGCCGGUGUCCCAUCUUUGGAGGUUGCCACUGAGUACAUUGAGACUCUUGGUUUGACUCAUUUGGGUUUGAAGCCAGGUUCUGUUGAAUCCAUCUCUCAAGCCAUUGCCAUUGCCAAAGCCCAUCCAACUUUCCCAAUCGUCUUGCAAUGGACCGGUGGUCGUGGUGGUGGUCACCACUCUUUUGAAGACUUCCAUGCACCAAUCUUGCAAAUGUACUCUAAGAUUAGAAGAUGUCCAAAUAUCUCUUUGAUUGCCGGUUCAGGGUUUGGUUCUGCCGAGGAUACGUACCCAUACUUGACUGGUGAGUGGUCUGCUAAGUUCAACUACCCACCAAUGCCAUUUGAUGGUGUUUUGACCGGUUCUAGAGUUAUGAUUGCCAAAGAGGCAUUCACUUCUCCAGAUGCUAAGAAGGCCAUUGCUGCAGCUCCUGGUGUUCCAGACUCUCAAUGGGAGCAAACGUACAAGAAGCCAACAGGUGGUAUCAUCACUGUCAGAUCCGAGAUGGGCGAGCCAAUUCACAAACUGGCUACACGUGGUGUUAUGUUGUGGCACGAGAUGGACAACACCAUUUUCAACUUGCCAAAGAACAAACUCCAAGAUGCUUUGGAUAAGAAGAAGGACUAUAUCAUCAAGAAGUUGAACGAUGAUUUCCAAAAGCCAUGGUUCUCCACUAUUGAUGGUAAGGUUUACGAUCUCCAAGAUUUGACUUAUGAGCAAAUCGCAAAGAGAAUGGUUGAACUUAUGUAUGUUAGAGGCUCCAAGAGAUGGAUUGAUGUUUCUUUGAGAAACUGCACUGGUACCUUCUUGCGUCGUGUUGAGGAACGUUUCACCACUCAGGUCACCACUUCUGUCUUGCCAUCCUUCACUGCUUUGGAGAACCCAGACGAGGCUAUUGAGACUGUCUUUGCUGCCUACCCAGGUGCUAAGACCCAGUUGAUCAACCAACAAGAUAUUGACUAUUUCUUGACAUUGUGUACCAACCCAGUUCAGAAGCCAGUUCCAUUCGUUCCUGUGUUGGAUUCGAGAUUUGAAGUCUUCUUCAAGAAGGAUUCAUUGUGGCAAUCUGAAGACUUGGAGGCUGUUGUCGAUCAAGAUGUCCAAAGAACAUGUAUCUUGCAUGGUCCUGUUGCUGCUCAAUUCACCAACGAUGUUGAUGAGCCAGUCAAGUCCAUUUUGGAUGGUAUUCACGAGGGUCACAUCCAGAAGUUAGUUAAGGACCGUUAUGGUGGUGAUGCUUCCAAGAUCCCAGUUGUUGAGUACUUUGGUGGAGAGGAGCCUGUUUCUGUGAAGUAUGAUGCAGUUGAAUCUGGUAACAAGGUUAUAUACACUGCUUCCAACUCUACUGAUCCUGCGGAGUGGUUUAAGUUGUUGGCCGGUCCAAAGCGUUCAUGGAGACAUGCAUUUAUUUCCACACACCGUGUUGUUCAAGGCCACAACUUUGUUUCCAACCCAGCAACUCAAGUUUUGGCUCCAGCUAAGGGUGUCGUUGUUGAGAUUGUCAACCCAGACGAACCAUCAAAGACAGUUUUGACUGUCUCUGAGCCAAUUCAGGGCAAGCUUCAACCAGUCGUCACUUUGAAGGCUUUGGAUGCCACUACUAUUGAGUUGUCAUUGAUCGAGCAUAGAAACGUCAAGAGGGAGUCUGUUGCUCUUCCACUUCUUUACAAGUUCAACCCUGAAGAUGGAUUUGCUCCUAUCAUUGAGAUCACUGAGAAUCGUAACGAUCGUAUCAAGGAGUUCUACUGGAAGCUGUGGUUCAAUGAGCCAUUCAACCUUGACAUUGAUGUUCACAAGCCAAUUCCAGGUGACGAGAUCACCAUUACUGGCAAGGAUAUUGCCGAGUUCACUCACGCUGUCGGUAACAAGUGUGAGGAUUUCGUUUCCAGAUCUGGUAGAAAGCAAUUGGCACCUAUGGACUUUGCCAUUGUUGUCGGUUGGCAAUCAAUCAUCAAAGCUAUCUUCCCUAAGACCGUUGAUGGUGAUUUGUUGAGAUUGGUUCACCUCUCUAACUCGUACAAAAUGUACCCAGGUGCUGCUCCAUUGGCUAAGGGAGAUGUUGUCUCUUCUGUUGCUGAAAUCAGAUCUGUGAUUAACCAGGAGAACGGUAAGGUUGUGGAAGUGGUUGGUGUUGUUUCUAGAAAGGGCGAACCAGUUCUUGAAGUUGCUUCCUCAUUCUUCUACAGAGGCGAAUACAACGACUUUGAGAAUACUUUCUCCAAGAUCACUGAAGCCCCAUUCCAACUCCACAUCAAGUCAGCAAAGGACAUUGCUGUUUUGAAAUCUAAGGAGUGGUUUGAAUUGGAGAAGGAUGUGGACUUGUUGAACGAAACCUUGACUUUCGAGCUUGAAACUGAAUUGACAUAUAAGAACAAGACCAUCUUCAACUCUGUCAAGUCUAGUGGUAAGGUCUUGCUUGAACUUCCAACCAAGGAAAUUAUCCAAAUUGGUUCUGUUGAUUAUGAAGCCGGUGAGUCACACGGUAACCCAGUUGUUGAUUACUUGACUAGAAACGGUACCACCAUCGAACAGAGUGUCAAGUUCGAGAAUAGCAUUCCAAUCACUAGUGUUGAAGCUCGUGCUCCAGGUACCAACGAACCAUAUGCUGUUGUCUCUGGUGACUACAACCCUAUCCACGUUUCUCGUGUGUUCUCCAGAUAUGCCAACUUGCCAGGCACUAUUACUCAUGGUAUGUACUCAAGUGCUGCUGUGCGUGCCAUUGUCGAAUCUUGGGCUGCUGAUUCUGCUUCCCACAGAGUUCGUGCAUUCUCUGUCAACUUUGUUGGUAUGGUUUUGCCAAAUGACACACUGACUACACGCUUGGAACACGUCGGUAUGAUCAAUGGUCGUAAGAUCAUCAAGGUUGAAACUGUGAACGAGAAUGGUGACAUUGUUCUGACGGGUGAAGCAGAGAUUGACCAGCCAGUGACUACUUUCGUCUUCACUGGUCAAGGUUCUCAAGAGCAAGGUAUGGGUAUGGACCUGUACGAGAAGUCCGAGGUUGCAAGAAACGUUUGGGACAGAGCCGACGUUCAUUUCUUGAACACCUAUGGUUUCUCUAUCAUUGAUAUUGUGAAGAACAACCCAAGCGAGUUGACUAUUCACUUUGGUGGUGAAAAGGGUAGAGCCAUUAGAGAAAACUACACCAAGAUGACAUUUGAAACUCUUGUUGAUGGUGCCAUUGUCUCUGAAAAGAUCUUCAAGGAGAUUGAUGAGAAGACUACUUCUUUCACAUUCAAGAACCCAGGUGGUUUGAUCUCUGCCACUCAGUUUACACAACCUGCAUUGACGUUGAUGGAAAAGGCUUCCUUCGAGGAUUUGAAGGCUAAAGGCUUAAUUCCAGCUGAUUGUAUCUUUGCUGGUCACUCUUUGGGUGAAUAUGCUUCUUUGGCUUCUCUCGCUGAGGUUAUGUCUAUUGAGUCCCUUGUGGAGAUUGUGUUCUACAGAGGUAUGACCAUGCAAGUUGCUGUUCCAAGAGAUUCUUUGGGAAGAUCCAACUAUGGUAUGAUUGCCGUCAACCCAUCGAGAAUCUCCCCAACCUUCAACCAUGAGGCUUUGACCUUUGUUGUUGAUGCAGUGGGCAAGAGAACAGAGUGGUUGUGUGAAAUUGUUAACUUCAACGUUGAGAACCAGCAAUAUGUUACCGCUGGUGACCUGCGUGGGUUGGACACUUUGACAAACGUUUUGAACUUUAUCAAACUCCAAAAGAUCGACAUCUCCAAAUUGAGAGAGUCCAUGUCAAUUGAAAAGGUUGAGGAGCACUUGAAUGAGAUUAUUGAUGAGAUUUCCAAAAAGUCACUUGCUAAGCCACAACCAAUUGAGUUAGAGAGAGGUUUCGCAUGUAUUCCACUUCGUGGUAUCUCAGUUCCAUUCCACUCCAGUUACUUGAGAAAUGGUGUUAAGCCAUUCAAGAAGUUCUUGGAGAAGAACAUCUUGAAGGAGAACGUCAAGACUGAUAAGUUGAUUGGCAAGUAUAUUCCAAACUUGACUGCUAAGCCAUUUGCUGUCACCAAGGAAUACUUUGAGGAUGUCUAUGCGUUGACCAAGUCCGAUAAGAUCAAGGAUGUUCUUGAUAACUGGGAGAAGUAUCAACAAUAAGACAAUCGUUUAUUGUUUUAAUAUCUCAGCGACGUGCUUCUGAGUUUGAUUUGUUAGUGUGGUGUUAAUAAGUCGAGCCAUGUGGUACGACUCGUUACUUUCUCCUGGUUUAUAACUUAUCGCUACUUGUUUCUUUUGCAUUGGACAUUUGGGUGUGAACUUGAUGCGUUUUCGUUCCUAAUUAAUUAUACAUUAUGAAGUUUGCUUUUUUGUUUUGGUUAUAGAACAUGUCUU